CCUCUUCAAAAACCCUAGCCUCUUCCCAUUUUACUCCGUUAGCUGUUUAGCAAGAGAAGAGAGCAAAAAAAUGGUGUCAGGUUCAGGGAUCUCGGCAAGGAGGGUGGUGGUUGACGCUCGCCACCAUAUGUUGGGACGAUUAGCUUCGAUUUUGGCUAAGGAAUUGUUGAAUGGACAGAGAGUUGUGGUUGUUAGGUGCGAAGAGAUAUGUUUAUCAGGUGGACUUGUGAGACAGAAAAUGAAGUAUUUGAGGUUUCUUCGUAAGAGGAUGAAUACUAAACCUUCUCAUGGUCCUAUUCACUUUCGUGCUCCGUCUAAGAUCCUCUGGCGUACCAUCCGUGGGAUGAUUCCCCACAAGACUAAGCGUGGAGCAGCUGCACUUGCCCGCUUGAAGGUUUAUGAGGGUGUUCCACCACCAUAUGACAAAAUCAAGAGAAUGGUCAUUCCCGAUGCUCUCAAGGUAUUGAGGCUCCAAGCAGGACAUAAAUACUGUCUCUUGGGCAAGCUUUCAUCAGAGGUUGGAUGGAACCAUUAUGACACUAUUAAGGAACUUGAGAACAAGAGAAAGGAGAGAGCCCAAGUUGCAUAUGAGAGGAGAAAGCAGUUGGCUAAACUGAGAGUUAAGGCCGAGAAAGCUGCUGAGGAGAAGCUCGGUCCACAACUUGCAGUUAUUGAGCCUAUUAAGUAUUAGAGUGCAAACUUAGUAGUUAUCUGAGGUGAAAUUUUGCUGGAGAUUGAGAUUUCAGCUUAUCUGUUUUUUUAAAAGUUGUACCGCAUGGUUUAGUAUUUUGCUUCUAGCAAUAUUUGAGCAGACUUAAAUUGUUUUAACUGUCUUUUUGAAGUUACAAUUCUCUCAUGGUUUUAUUGAUAAAACUUUGCUCUCUA